AUGAAGGUAAAGGUGAUUUCCAUCCUGGAGGACAACUACAUGUACCUGGUGAUAGAGGAGCAGAGUAAACAGGCCAUAGCUGUGGACCCUGCGGUACCACACCGGCUGUUAGAAAUUGUGAAGAGAGAGGGCUUGUCCCUGAUGGCGGUCCUCACCACACACCAUCACUGGGACCAUGCUCGGGGGAACGAGGCUCUGCUGAAGGACGUUCCUGGUCUGAGGGUGUACGGGGGAGACGAUCGGAUCGGGGGCCUGACGGAUAAGGUAACCGACGCCCAGGAACUCAAGUUCAACUCCAUCAAUGUGAGAUGCCUGUUCACUCCCUGCCAUACCUCUGGUCACAUGUGCUACUUUGUUUGGGAGGACGAGUGCACUGACGCCCCUGCUGUGUUCACAGGGGAUACGUUGUUUAUCGGCGGAUGCGGGCGGUUUAUUGAGGGAACGGCAGAACAGAUGUACCACAAUCUCACCCAGGUGCUGGGCUCCCUACCUCAAGACACGAAGGUGUUCUGUGGACACGAGUACACCAUUAAGAACCUGAAGUUUGCCAUGCUGGUGGAGCCGGAGAAUGAAAAGGUUAAAGAGAUGCUGAGCUGGGCCAGGGCCAGAGAUGAUGAUGACAAACCCACAGUGCCGUCCACACUAAUGGAGGAGUUUGAGUACAACCCUUUUCUUCGCCUCACGGAGGAAGGAGUUCAAAAGUUCACUGGGAAGACAGACCCCAUAGAGGUGCUGAGGGUCCUGAGGAAGGAGAAGGACAAAUUUAAGAAGCCAAAGGAGAGACUUCCUCACCACGCCAUGUUGGCUUUGGAGUGGGGGCUUCUCAGACCCUGAGAUCCAGUUUAAGAAAUCUGAAUAUGUGACAUACUCAACUAUCAGGGAGGAAAAGUUUGAAUGACAGAAUGCAGCAAGACACAACUCUGCAGAGUGUGUUUGUGCUUUAACCUUAAAUGUAACCAGUUUAUACAGCUGGGAACCUGGUUGACCCCCAUGUCUGUUGUUUUAGUAAUCAUAAAACAUGUUACGCUCAAAAAAAGCCAGUGUGAAGCUACAUUAGAUGUUCCUUAAUGGAAUAAGUUAUGCACAAACUAACUGCAUACUUGCAGUUGGUUAAAAAAUAGAUUCUAAUCUAUUUUAUGUAUUUAAUGCUUUAAAUAACUGGUUUGAGGAGAAAAUAAUGUAUAAUUUACAUGUUUUAUAGGAUGCAAUU